AACACUGAUAUACGAUAUUGUCGGAGUGCUUCUUUGGCUUGAGUUGCUGAUUCCAGUGCAUAUUGUUGUAAAUGUUUAAAAGUUGUGCUCUUGUGUUGCUGCUUCAUAGGGCGAUUGUCGUUCUUAUAGCUACGUAUGUGGAAUCUCCAGUAAAGUUGCUCCACCUUGGGAGUCCCUUAUGUUCCUAGCCAGACUCAUACCACGGAUGUGCCACAACAUAAACCGGGUUGUCUAUGUAUUUGGCCCACCAGUCAAAGAACCUCCCACUGACGUUACUCCCACUUUCCUGACGACAGGAGUUCUCAGCACAUUGCGGCAGGCUGAUUUCGAGGCUCAUAAUAUUCUCAGGGAAUCUGGUUAUUCUGGAAAAAUCAGCCAGAUGCCAGUCAUCUUAACACCAUUGCAUUUUGAUCGAGAUCCCCUGCAGAAACAACCAUCCUGUCAAAGAUCAGUGGUUAUUCGAACUUUCAUUACAAGUGAUUUCAUGACUGGCAUUGCAGCAACUCCUGGCAAUGAGAUACCAGAAGAGGUUGUGUUGAAGAUGGUGACAGAGAUUAAGAAGAUUCCUGGCAUCUCCCGGGUGAUGUAUGACUUGACUUCAAAACCCCCAGGAACGACUGAAUGGGAGUAAUUAUUUCCCUCCCUCCAUGAAAGUACUGUAUGCAGUUUUAAAUUAUAUCAGAAACCAUUCCCAGUGUUGACAUGCAGUACUGUGAAAAGAGUGACUGGAGCGGCUGCUACAUCCCAUGUGAUUACUGUUUUUUCUCCUGGAACAUAAUCUGCAAAUUAAGAGUGCUGAUGAGGGUGGGCGGGGAGUCAGCUAAGUGGGGCUGAGGACACGUACGGGUAAAUAAUUUACGGCAGCAUUGCCUAUGUGCAGACAGAAACAUAUUGCUUUGCCUUUUUGUCUUACAGACUCUUCCUGGUUUUUGUGUUUUUACUGUUAAAUGUCAUUUCAAUGUCUCUUUUUUUUUUUUGUAUACUGUGUAAAAAGAGACAGUUUAUUUACAUUCACCAACCCCAUUGUUAGAGCUAUUAAUAAUGUAAAAUGAAAAAAAGUGACCAACUGCUUUUGAAACAGAUUUAUUAUAAAUAAAUAUUUUGCCAAAUGGAGUAGUGAGCAUUGUUGAAUUGUAGAGUAAUGUAUAUUUAUUUUCUGUAUAUUGUAGUACCUGUUCCAUAUCAUUUGGAGUAUUAAGCUCAUGGCAAUAAGUGUUGGUGUAUUCAAGAACUGUAUCCAAAAGGACUAUAUUCUACCCCCCACCCUGAUCCCCCACUUUUUAAUUCUUUCAAAACAAAUAACUUUUUAAGGAUGUUAAAUCAUAUGUCUUCCCACACUCUAUAGCUACUAUCUAUAUUUAAUGUACAUUAAAUCAGUUACAAGAGAAACAAACAUGAAUUAUAUAUAUAGUUGAAAACUCACCGCUUGGAAAAAAGAAUCAGAGUAACAAUUCUCACAGCAGCCAUCAAAAUUGCUGUGCUGUGCUCUUGUUUUCUUUUCUUUUUUGAACUUUAAUUUUAGUCAGAUCUUUUAGCUUUCUGUUUUAUGUGAGGCUUCUUAAUAAAGGCAAGGAAAUGCUGCAUUUAAAAAAAAAACUUUUUCCAAGCUGUGUUUAAAUAUUAUGUUUAUUUCUGUGUGAUUGGUAUUAGAGCCAGCUUGGUAAACUUGAGAACAAAUGAGUUGUUUUUAUUAACACCACUCAUUGAAUAAGCUACCGUUAAGUUAGAAAGGUGAAUAUAAUUACCUUUUUCCUCCAAUUUAUUGAGCCUGAAUCAAACUUUCUUUAAUACAUUGUUUGUGAAACUAGAAUGGAGGAAAUACCAGUUACUAUGAGCUGACUCUUCUACACGUGCCAUAGCUUUUGUUACUCAUUCUGAAUACCUCCCAGUGCAUUGUAAAUCAAUGCAAACUAAGAUUUUGCUUUGUACACAAAUAUUAAAUGGCCCAGUAUAGUCAUAUUAAUAAGUAGGAUACCAACAACUAUCUGCCAUAUAAUGGCUGUUUGGAAAUGCAUUGCAUUAACUGGAACCUUAUGGGAGAGAUGAUGAAAUAGCUGCUUUUCUUUAAUUCCAAAUUUGAUGGCAAAACAUAUCAUUCAGCAUUUCAUUCAAGAUGCAGAUCUAUCCUUGUAUCAGUAACAAAGUUGUAGCUGAAUUAGAGGCCUAAAUCAAUGUGUGUGGUUGGAUAGUCCCUGCUGGGAGCAUGGCGCACUGUCUGCCUAAAACUAUGCAGAAGGAGAAAAUAGGAUUGAAAGAAUGAUACUGGCCACACAUCCGCAAUGACCUAUCAGUAUAUUCUAGUAGAUUUGAUUAAACCGGAGGGUUCCCUUGCUGUACCAGCUAUCUUGCUGUGCCACGUAAUUAUUUGCAAUCUUUUCAAGAUUGUUCCCAUGGAGAUCUUGCAGCGAUGGUACCAAGGAUAGGAGCGGUGUCCACUUGAACCAACCCAUGAUGACCAAUCUUCAUACCUACCUACAAUCCAUGAUCUGGAUCCAAACUAUCCUCUAGGAAAAGUUUUAAGUAAAUGUUACGACUGUAGCAUCUUUUGAGAAGUAGCAGCUUUGAUCCCUGGCUUGGGUGGGGAACAGGAAUUAAGAAAAUGAUUAAGGAAAUGCUUCCUAGUCAUUCAAGUUCAUAGCACUGGGAUACUUCUGCAUCUAUUUGUGUGCCUGUAUAGUUGAGGCUAUGACAGUAGCAAAAUUGUGGCUAUUUUGAAUGUUUGUUUGAAGCUGGUUUAAUAUUCAGUCUUAUUGUAAUUAAGGUAUAGCCUGGGAAAAAGAGGUAUAGUUAACAAUCAGAAGAGUCAGAAGUUUGACUUAGUUGGAGUUCAAAUAUUUCCAUUUUCAUAUUCACUUACUGUAGAUGCACAUAUUGUCAAAUUCUAUGGCUUUUAGAUUAGUAAAAUUUGUUAGGUUUUGUUUUCUCAAGAUAAUAACAGUGUACUUAUUUUUAAAUUGGAUCCAUGAAUAAAAUGGAGUUUGGAAACCUUUAUAAGGAUUAUUAUGCUAGAGACAGAAAUGAACACAUAUAAAGUGCAUUGCAGUAUAAGUAAAUUGUUUAAAUGAAGACAUCGGUGUUGUACAGAAAGGGGACUCUUUGUGCAUGACUAGUGUAGUACAGAAGAGGAUUUCUUUCUCUUAAACCCACACUGAUUCAGUUUAGGAGGGCAGUGGAAUGUGGAGUACACUUAAAUGGCCAGGCUUCUAGUUCUUGAAUGUAUUUCAUAGUACUGAUUCCCGUAAUCUCAACCAGAUGCAGAAAACAGGCUUGUUGUGGUCCAGGAGGGAAUGGGUAAUAUGUAGCCUAUGAAUGCAGAUGCCCUUGUUAGAUCUGUUUGCCCUCUAGUCUCCAGUAAGACAUGUCAACUGUUUUCAAAGACAAUUGUAUAGGGAAUAAUUCCUAGAGCUCUCAGUUAAAAAAAAAAAAAAAAAAAUCUGUAAAUGAUAACAGUACUGUCAGCCUUAAUUUUUAUCCUCAAAUAAAAGUGAACCCAUUUGGA